AUGGCUGCCUCAUCCAAUCAGCCUGAAACUGUGAAAGCAGAAUGCAGUCUGGACAAUCCAAAGGUUCAUUAUUUUUUCUUUAUUCUUUUUACAAAUAGCUAUAUUUUAUUCCUGUUACACUAUAAUUAUACAGUGUCAUUUCAUGGCCUUUGAAGAGAACUUUAUGAUUAUUUGGUAAUGUGUUCCAAAAAUAAACAUUAAAAGUUGCUAGAUGCUGUGUAAAAACUGCUUUCAUCAAGAAAACAGAAAACUACAUGUGAUGGUAUGAUCAUGUCCUUUUGGUGCCUGGGUGAAAAUAAGGAAUGCAGUGGACAUUACAUUUGGGCCAUUUGUUUGUUUGAUUAAUAAUAAAAUUUGAAAACAUUAUAUAUAUUUGUUGAUGUGCCUAAUUAAUUCCUAGUUUUUGUUUGUUUCUAAAGACACUGUAAUAACAACUGUAUGUGUUACUGUGGUGGGAAAUUGGAGUGAAAAUUUGGCUGUUCUAUCCCUAUCAACUUAGUUUACAAUUUAUGUACUAACACUUGACAGUCCCCAAACCUGCUAUGUUUGUUGGUCUUGUGUCUCCUAACUAUUCACUUUUAUUGUUAUUGUUUUUGUAGGCUUGCUAUUCUGAGACCAGUGAUCCAGUGUUGCAUGUUACUCUUCUUGGUGGUGAGUGGGGUUCAUCUGCUGGUGGGUUGUCAACAAUAAACAGAGAGCUUGCUAUUCACCUUUCAAAUCAUUCAGCGGUGAAGGUUUCUUUGCUGGUCCCAGAGGGAGCUUGUAACACUGAAGAAGUAAGAGAAGCUGGUGGCUAUGGAAUCACCAUUGUUGAGGCAAAAGAACGUGCAGCAUAUGAUCGUCUUGAUUGGUUGAGCAUCCCACCCCAGGACCACUUCAUGGACAUCGUUGUUGGCCAAGACCCCAUUUCAAAAGGUGAAACAAAACACGAAUCAGAAGUUGAACUUUGCAAACUUGCUGAUCUUGUUGUACCUGUUGGACCCAGACUGAAAGAAGCCUACACGUCAUAUUUACAGCGAUGCAAGACAGCUGAUCGGGACGUUUUGACCAUUACUCCAGGCCUUUUUCAAAGGGAGUUUGGGGAUUUAGUUGCAAAACAAGAUCCUAACGAGGAUAGCGAAUUCAAAGUGUUGUUAUUUGGUCGUGGGGAUGAUGAGGACUUUGAACUCAAAGGAUACAACAUUGCUGCUCAAGCAUUUACUGAUCAACGGUUAAAAAACAAACCUUAUCAUCUAAUCUUUGUUGGAGCACCUGAAGGAAAGCAAGAAGAGGUUAGACAAAAACUUCUUCGGCAUGGCAUUGCAGAAGCACAGUUGACUGUUAGAAAAUUUAUACAAAGUAGAGACAGACUGAAAGAUUUGCUGUGUGAAGCUGACCUUCUAAUAAUGCCAUCAAAAUCCGAGGGAUUUGGUCUUGUUGCACUUGAAGCCUUGUCUGCAGGCCUACCUAUUCUUGUUGGUAGUAAGUCGGGAAUUGCCAAAGCAUUAGAAAAUGUUCCUAAUGGUUAUUCAUGCAUCGUCUCUUUAGAUGAUCCUGCGAAAUGGGCAGAAUCAAUAGAAGCUGUUCGUGUCAGACAUCGAAUGCGCCUUGAAGAGAUUAAAGCACUCAAAGCGUCAUAUCGAGAGAUGUACAGUUGGAAGGAACAAUGCGAAGAGUUUGUGCAGAGAAUGUGGAAAAAGGUCAAUGGUAAGAGGUGCUGCUGUAAAACUCGUAAAACUAGAGUGUAUGGACAUGAAAAAUAUUUACUGAACGCCAUUGACUGUUGCAAGGAAACAGCCAAUUAGGCUUGAGAAAAUGAGAAACUAGUUUGUGGGUUUGACAUUUGCUUGUCGGUUCCUUGAACAAUUUAAUCUCGUACCCAGAUCUGGGUACCAGGUUAUGAACAAUAAUUAUUGUGAUUGGUCGACUGAUUGGUCAUUACACAAUCAAUUUCAUGAAGUAUUUCAGGUGUACUUGUUUUUCUCAGCUCACAAGCAAUUAGUUCGGACAAAUUGGUUUUAUAUUUUAGUAUUUUAGCACUGUUAUGGUUAUGUAGUUUUAUGUGGUUGGCUAUAAGGGGCACUACAGUCUGUAAUUAUGCACCCUUUUGAAAUAUAGUGUCAUUUAUUCAUUCAUAGUAAACAUUAAUAGUACUUUUACAACAUAAAGUUAUACAAAUGAAUAGAAUUUUUCAGUCUUUGGUGCUGGGGACUAAAAAGCUAAUUAUUUCUUUGACCAUUCGAGGUACUAAUUGUCUGCAAAUUAAUAAGUAUUAUGCGUGAAUGUUCUAUUAUGAAAAGUAUAGCUGAUGAAAUACAUACAAAGUAGGCAGUCCACUGUCCAGCGCUAAUCCUAAAGCACUUGCCUUUCCUUCCCUUUGUUUUUUAGAACAACCCUUAACUUUCUCUUCAGCGAAAAGGAACUUUCAACUUUGUACCCUCGAAAUAAAAGUAUUUUUGUAACUAAUCAACAGGAUCAUCCGAAAAUGGCAACAAACAGAGAAUCAAAGAG